AUGGUUACCGGAUUGGGUCUUGAUGGAGGCGAGGAAAAACUCAAAGUGAGAUUAAAUGUGUGCGACGGUCUCUACUUGUUCGGUACGUUCACGAUGCAGCAUCAGACGACCCGAAUGUCACAGGCAGAACGUGCUUUGGAGCUGGAGAUUUCAGGAUGGGAAGGGCAGCAAGUGUACAGUGGAAGUGGUCCGGCUCGAUCUUCAGUGACUUCAUCGUCAUGUCGCGCGUACAUCUGGUGGAGUCUAGAGCAGCUGGGCAAAUCGCAGACUCACUCGGCGCGAUGGUAA